AUGGCAAAAAGGACUCCUGGAAUUUUAACAUCCCGUUCAUUAGCCGAUGCUGAUGCUACUCAUACCGGUUCAAACUUCACUUCUGUUUGUGAUCCUUCAAGAUAUGCUAGUCUAGGAUUAGAUAUGUCAAACUUUGGCUUUUGUAAUAAGUCAUUGCCUUAUGAUGUGAGGGCAAUGGAUUUAGUCCAUCAUAUGACCGUAUAUGAAAAAGUGCGUCAACUUGGAAAUAAAGCUUAUCGAGUGCCCAGGUUAGGGCUUCCUGAAUAUGAGUGGUGGUCAGAAGCCCUUCAUGGAGUGGCAGAUUCAGGCCCUGGAAGCUAUUUCGACCAUGUGGUUCCAGGUUCACCAAGUUUUCCCACUGUAAUAACAACUUCAGCAACAUUUAAUGAGACAUUAUGGAGAACUAUUGGUCAGGCUGUUUCAACAGAAGCAAGAGCCAUGCACAACUUAGGUCGUGCUGGGUUAACAUUUUUUAGUCCAAAUAUUAAUGUUGUAAGGGAUCCUCGAUGGGGAAGAAUCCUUGAAACACCCGGUGAAGAUCCUUACAUUGUUGGUGCAUAUGGUGUUAAUUAUGUGAGAGGUUUACAAGAUGUUGAGGGAACGGAGAAUUACACUGAUCUGAACUCUAGACCUCUUAAAGUUUCUUCAUGCUGCAAGCAUUAUCCUGCCUACGAUCUUGACAAAUGGAAUGGGACUGACCUUCUUAUUUUUUAUGCCAGAGUGGCAGAACAAGAUAUGGUGGAAACUUUCCUUCGAACUUUUGAAAUGCGCGCUAAAGAUGGUGAUGUUAGCAGUGCUAUGCGUUCUUUCAAUCGUGUCAAUGGGAUACCUACGUACAUUGUUUCUGAUUGUGAUUCCAUAGAAGUAAUGGUUGAUAAUCACAAAUGGCUUGGUGAUACCAAAGAAGAUGCAGUUGCAGGGACAAUGAGAGCAGGCAAGUCUUUCCUUUACCUUUUGUGCAUGAAUCAUCAAGCUAAUGGUCCAGUCAUUCUCAUAGUCAUGUCUGGAGGGUGUAAAGACAUCUCAUUUGCUAAGAAUGACGAUAAUAUCAAAGCUAUUUUGUGGGUUGGAUACCCUGGAGAGAAGGGAGGGCGUGCUAUUGCAGAUGUUGUUUUUGGCAAAUAUAAUCCAGGAGGAAGAUUACCAUUCACAUGGCAUAAAGCUGAUUAUGUUGAUAUGUUGCCUAUGGCCUCAAUGCCUUUGAGGCCAAUUGAUAGCCUAGGCUAUCCUGGUCGAACUUACAAGUUCUUUAACGGCUCCACAGUCUAUCCAUUUGGCUACGGGCUUAGUUAUACCGAAUUUGAUAAUAAACUAACAUCUUCGAAGAGGUCAGUCAAUAUCAAAUUGGAAAAGUACCAGCAUUGCCGUGAUUUGGGAUACGAAACUGAUUCGUAUAAACCUUCUUGUCCUGCAAUUCGAGUGGACGAUUUUGAUUGCAAUUAUCAAUUUGAUUUUAAAGUUGAAGUUCAGAAUGUGGGCAGUAGAGACGGAAGUGAAGUAGUUAUUGUUUAUGCAAAGCUACCAAAAGGAAUUCCGGCAAGUUAUAUUAAGCAAGUCAUUGGUUUCGAGAGGGUUUUUGUUCCAGCUGGUGGAGUCGAAAAAGUUAAGUUCGAGUUUGAUGCUUGCAAGAGCUUGUUUGUUGUAGACUACAGUGCAUAUAGAGUUUUGCCUUCUGGUGGACACACUAUCAUGGAGACGACAUAG